AUGGGUCGGGCCAGCAAGCGCCAGGAGGCCGAGGAGGAGGCGGCGCCGGAGCCUGAGGCCACCCCGGAGCGCUCUUACCACGAGCUGGUGGAGAACGUCAACACUAUCGCACAGCCCCUGGCCUCCCGCAAGCUCACGCGGAAGCUCUACAAGUGCAUUAAGAAAGCAUCGAAGGUAAAACAGAUUCGGCGUGGAGUGAAAGAGGUCCAGAAAUUCAUCAACAAAGGCGAGAAGGGGAUCACAGUUCUUGCAGGAGACACACUGCCUAUUGAUGUUUACUGCCACAUCCCCAUCAUGUGUGAAGACCGGAAUCUUCCAUAUGUCUACAUCCCCUCCAAAACGGAUUUAGGAGCAGCAGCAGGUUCAAAACGUCCAACUUGUGUUAUCUUGUUCAAAGCUCAUGAAGAAUAUCAGGAAGCCUACGAUGAGUGUUUGGAGGAGGUGGAAGCCCUUCCGCUCCCAUUGUGAGCAGCAUCAACAAAAUAUGUUCAUGGACUGAUUUAAAUUGCAAUUUAAGUUCAUUCCAGUUGAGCUACAGCUACACAGAUUUGGGACAUUUGGACAGGAGAACUUCCCUUGAGUAAAUUACUGCAGCUAAUACUGUCUGCAGUCCAGCAACUCUUGCCUGCUUUAACUGAGUUAUGAAGUGUGUUUCUUACAAAAUGGGACUUACUUUGCAAUGAGAUCUACUGCCUGUUAAGUGGAUAUAUCUGGCUGUAAAGUAAAUCAAUGGCAUUCUUAUUGGAAUAUAAAUGCAAUAAAAUGUUUUUUAAAAAAUC